AAGGUUUAAAUGAUAAACCGCCGAUAGAGGCUGCUGGGUCUUCUGAGCGGCUGGUGGAGUGCUUGCUCUCGUUCUCCUGGUUGUGCAGGCAAUGAUUUCUUUCCAGGAAAAGAUUUUAAACUUAAUCAAAUAUUUCAGAAGACAAUGGCCCUUAUUUUCAAACUCUGAAAGGACUACAGUAUGUGGAGCCGACUGCAUGCUGACAGCAUUACAACUGUCCAUGGCUGAAGUCAAUAAGCAGCACCAUGGAGAUUUCUCAGUAUCGCUCAGUGAUGUGAUGGAAACUUGGAAAUAUUUGUUACAUGACAAACUAGGAUUAUCAUAUGAGAACAUGGAAGAACCUGAAAAUUAUGCUGACUUUAAAAAGGCCUAUCAUACCUUCUUAGCAAGCAGCAAUAUGUUAGAUAUAAUAGACAUAUAUCAAAAGUGCUGUGCUCUUGCACUUGUCUCUGAAGAUGAAAGCAUUGCCCCCGAUCAACUAUUACAAUUUAUUUCUGGUGGAAUGAAUGUAUCAGGAAGUAAUGGUUCUGUUCUUCCUUCUACACCAGUCUACAAACAGGAUCAGAACAGUGUGAAGGUGAUGCUCUUUGCCAAGAAGUGUUUUUAUUCAUAUUUAAGCCUGUUGGUGAAUUCUAAGGAUGAUCUGGCAUUGGCUCGUAUUCUAAAUGUUCCUGACAGAGGACUUGGUAGAGAAGCCUUCACUAAACUAAAACAUGCUUCGCAGGAGAGAAAAAUGUCAAUUUUCCUGAUGGCAACAUCUUUUAUCCGAACAGUAGAACAUGGAGGAAAAGGCUGUGCAGCUUCAUUAUUUGAUCCACUAAGAGUCCACGUAAAGGGGCUUUCUAACUUCAUUAAUUUUAUUGACAAGCUGGGAGAAAUUGUUGGUGAAAUCCCAGAUCCAAGAGUCGCAGGGGGGCAAAUUCUGUCAACAGUGAAGAUGCAUUUGAUGAAAGGCCGAAGCAAUGGGGAUCCUUUCUAUCAGGCAGUAGAGGAAGUUGUACAAGAUUUGGAUUUGAGGAUUAAAAAUAUUAUCGAUUCACAACAUGAAGUCUUGACUGCUAGCACCACUGGAGUCAGUCCAACACGGCCAAAAUUGCAUUCCAUAAACCAUGGCACUGCAUACUGUGGUAGAGACACCAUAAAAGUCUUACUAGUUCUUCUUGAUGAAGAAGCAGUCAGCACUCCUACCCAGAACAAAGCGGAAUUAUUAUAUGAUGAUGUAAACUUAAUUAUGUUUGGAAGCACCUCUAUUUUGACACUCUUCAGAUCUCCAGCACAGUCCAAAGAAUCUUCUCCAAAACCUCUUAGACAGCGUAUUCAGAAAUCUGUGGAUGCAAAAAUAAGUAAGAUGGAGCAAUCUUCAAUCAAAUCUCAGUUUGCAUGUACAUACAAAAAUGAGCUGAGUAAAAUAAGGGAUCAGCACUUCCUCAGCAGUAGCAAAAUGCCAGCCUGCAUACAUCCUGCACCAAAGCAAUGUUUACAAGGUAAAUAUUUCACAGAAGGUAUGAAUUCAUGUCUUGACAUACCAGUGCCUGGAACUAUUUCUGAAAAUGAUCAUCAGACUAGAAAUUAUAGAGAAAUGGGGAAAUUGAGUUGUCAGCCAAGAAACAAGAACUCCAAGAAUGAACAGAUGGAUUUGAAUAAUGACAAAGUUAUCUAUGAUGAGGAAAGUGAAACAUCUUUGCCAAAAAAUGCUAAGAAACGUAAGACUUCAAACAACCCUCAGAAGGAAUUGGACAGCAAAAUUGAUGGAAAAAGAAAGAACAACAGAACUGCAAGCAAGAAUAAAUUGAUUGUUGGGCAGGCAAAAUUGACUCAAUUUUUUAGACUGUAACUUUUUAUUUUUACCUGCAUUGUCUGUUGAGCACUUCAGAUGUAAGAUUUUGUGAGAAAAAGGUGAAAUUCAUGAUUUGCUUUUCUUCAUACUCAAAUCAGUGAAAAUAGCUUGUGUGUAUAAUUAGACAAAUACUUACAAGUCUGAUUAUGCAGAUAUCUUUUAUUUUUGAUAAGAAUACAUCAGUAUUUACAACUAUGCUCUGUUUUGGUAAUGAAUUAUGCUUCUCUCAACAUUGCAAUGUGAAAAUAAUGUUAGAUGCAUAUGUAUAGCAAUACUAAGACAUAAAUAUCUUCCAAUCAUGUUAAACUCAUAAUAAAAUGUUU